AAGGCGGUUGAACAAGUCUGGUAGGUAUCGAGAAUGAAAGGCUUCGUUGGCUGAUGUACGGGAAUGAUAUACUGAAGACAGAUAGAUAUGAUCCAAAAGCUUGUAGUGUUGUCGGUCUGCCUGUAUGUCAAUCAGAUUCUUCAAGUAUGCCGAUCUCAUUACUUGCUGUAUCUACGACUGCGUAUGCAUAUUUCCCGCAAGAUGCGACUCGGUUCAAGAAAAGAAGAAAAGAAAAAUGCAUGAGCAACGGAUCGGAGUGCUUUGCCUUACAGCGAGCUUUGUGCGUAUGCUAGUGUCAACAUAUGCACUGUUGCUUCAUGUCGUCCUUGUUGCAGCCCGAGUGUCUCUUCUCUUACCAGUUCCGGGUACUAAAGCUCGGAAACAGGGAAGACAACAUUGCCCUAUUUUCCUCCAGGUCUGGGAGGUCUUACCCAUGCUCCUUGGAUACGCUUCCACACUUAGCGAACCUUGUCCGUAUGUUCCCCGCGUAGGCUUGCCAGUUUCCAUCUCGUUGACUCGGGUACUCAUUCACCGUGUUUCCGAUCGUCUCUUCAUUGUUGGUUCGUCACCGAGGCUCAUGUUCAACUGGCAUUCGCCCGAAGUAGUACGAGGCUGAUAGGGAUGAGAUAAGAUUGCUGUGCCUGGCGUGCCGUCCCACGGUUUUCAGGAAAGGAAACGGGGGGAAGUCCGUCUUGGCUGUAACGAGGAAAGGUGUUUGUUAACAAGUGAACAAAUGGAAGAAAUCCAGACGACAGAGAAUCGAGAAACCGUU